CACAUUUCCCUCUUUCUCUCUUCUCUCAACUGCCUCAUUCGCCUUGACCCUUCCCCUCCUCCCCCUCCUCCUCCCUGGUUCCAAGGCGCACGGUCAAUCCUGGCCGACUAACCGUGAUCCGCAAACGAUCGAUCGAUCGAACCGGCCAACCAAUCAGCGCACCAUGGAUCCGCUCGCGUCUCUUCGUCGCCUCAUCCAAACGCAUCCUCUUAUCGACAACCACGCCCAUAAUCUCCUUGCGCAGGCCGCAGCCAGCAACUACGCAAAAUAUCCUUUCGAACAGAUCACUUCCGAGGCCCAAGGUUCCGCCCUACACAAUGCUCCGUCCACCUUACCCCUCCAGCGUGCCGCCGCCCAGCUAGCGACCCUCUACGAUUGCCCGACUUCCGAGUGGGACCGCGUCAAGGCGGCUCGCGAUCAAUAUGUCGAGCGUGACUAUGAUGGCUUGAUCCGUCGGUGUCUGGAAGGCACUCAUAGCCUUCUUCUUGAUGAUCUGCUUACGGAUCAAGAUAUCGAGCCUUUCACUUGGCAUGAUCGUUUUACCACAGCUCCGACCAAGCGGAUCGUACGGAUUGAAGUUGUGGCCGCCCAAGUCCUUACCGCCAUCCUUCCCAACGGUUAUGAUCAGUCCUCGAGCGACAUCACCGUUCUUCGCCAGUAUCUGGACCAGUUCAGCCAGGGUUUCAACCAGAAGAUCUCAGAGGCCAUCGCAGAUCCCGUGGUGGUAGGCUUCAAAUCAGUCAUCUGCUAUCGUACUGGACUGAACGUCCAAGUGGCCGAUGACAAAGACGACAGCAAUCUCCUCGAGUCCUUCUCCCGGACCUUGUCGCAAGGAUCUGGAUCUACAUAUCGCGUGGAGGACAAACCCUUGAACGAUUGGCUGGUCAGGCAGGCCCUGAACCAGCUGCAAUCUGCCAAGGAGAAAGAUGCGUUGGGACCCAACAAACCACUGCAACUGCACACGGGACUCGGCGAUAAUGAUAUCAACCUAAUACUUUCGAAUCCCGCAUAUUUACAGGAUUUGGUUGCCCGUUAUCCCAAGGUGGACUUUGUGCUUUUGCAUUCCGCUUAUCCGUAUACCCGGGAGGCCGGCUAUCUCGCCUGUGUCUACCCGAAUGUGUAUCUAGACCUUGGAGAGGUGUUUCCCAUGGUGAGUCGAGAUGCUCAGGAAUCUAUCAUUCGCGAGAGUCUGGAGAUCGUGCCCACAACCCGCCUUCUGUGGAGUACCGAUGGCCAUUUCUUCCCAGAGACAUAUUGGUUGGCGAACAAACAGUUCCGCGACGCACUGGAAAAGGUUCUCGUGGAUUACGUCAUUCAAGGCGAUCACAGCGUCGAUCAGGCGAAGCUAGCUGCUGCCGAUAUAUUGUUCCACAACUCCAACCGCCUGUACAGCCUUAAUGAAACCGUUUCCUACGACGACAGGCUGGUCCCUGCCGUCAGCAACCUUUCUGGACUUUCUUCGACCGACGCGUUGGAAAGUUUCAUGCACAGCAAUCCAGAUGUCAAGUAUAUUUGGAUGCAGUUCUUUGACUACACUUCCACAGUGCGCGUGCGGAUGUUCCCUAUCCGGGAGUUUGCUAAGAUUGUUCGCAAGCAACGCCGGAUCGGUAUCUGUACAGCCACGUUUUUGAUGCUUCAAUCCGACACAGUCUGUCCGGAAGGUUCCACAACCGGCCAGUUCUAUCUAGAACCAGAUCUCUCAACCCUCUCUCGAAAUGUGGGGAUCGACUCGAAGAGCGCCACAGUCAUGACUUGGGGGCGUUCUGAGGAGGGUUUGGAGGUGGAAGGAUGUCCACGGACCCUUCUGCGCCGCGUCACGACUGAUUUACGUGCCAAUCAUGGAAUCGAAAUUCUCUGCGGAUUCGAGAUUGAGGUUAUUCUGCUGAAGUGCGUCACCAAACCGGACACCGAUGAGGAAGAGUUUGUUCCAUGUGUGCGCAACCACUCCUGGUCCCAGAUGACCCGAGACACCCGACGCAUGGUGCCGCUUCUUGAGGAAAUUGUCGAUACUCUUGCAUCCAUCGGCAUUGACCUUGAACAAUUCCACGCUGAAUCGGCCCCGGGCCAGUUUGAAUUCAUUCUACCACCCGGAUCGCCCGUCGCCGCAGUCGAUACCCUGCUCAAGGCACGACAGGUCGUGACUUAUAUCGCUGAGCAGCACGGUUACCGUGCAACCCUUCAUCCCCGACCCUUCUCACACGCUGCUGGCUCAGCCGCACAUGCGCAUGUCUCCAUAACUCCUGCGACUCAGGAGGAGAGCUUCUUGGCUGGUGUGCUCAAGCACUUCACCUCUUUGACGGCCUUCACUCUGUCUAAUGAUGUCAGCUACGAACGGAUGCACUCCGGCCUCUGGGCUGGAAGCGAGUGGGUCGCCUGGGGCACUCAGAAUCGCGAAACACCUAUCCGCAAGAUCUCUGCGGGUCACUGGGAGAUCAAGGCACUUGACGGUCUGUCCAAUAUGUAUCUGGCAAUGGCUGCAAUUCUAGCUGCAGGAUACCUGGGUGUGCAGGACAAGCUGCCCCUGACCCUGCAGGACUGUUUAUAUGACGCGGCAACACUCAGCGAGGCGGACCGCAGUGCCAUUGGGAUAACCACCCAAAUUCCCACGACCCUGGCACAGAGUCUGGAUAAUAUGGCAGCCGACAAGGCUCUCCGGGAUGUGCUUAGCAACACACUUGUUGAGAACUAUAUCACGGUCAAACGAGCCGAGAGCAAGAAGCUGAAUGCAAUGGAGGCAGAAGCGCGACGCAAGUGGCUGGUCGAGAGAUACUAAUUAAAUACCCUGUGCAUACAUACAUAGCCAAUAAUCGUAGUUAGCCAAUACCAUCAUCACAUUCUCUACAUCUUCAUAGAAA